CACGGUAUUACUUCCGGGUGACUUUCGUUCCGAUGCAAGACAUACUAUUGAUCUUAGUGAACUGAUGCCUGCUUGUUUUGUCUAUCGACCUAGGUUUUGUUCAAACGUUGGGUUUCAAAAUGGGGUCUCUUUCUAUGUCAGAUGUGUACAUAAGCCACCAUAUAGAACAAAGACUUGUAACGGCAUCUGGAAUGGGGGAUAUUUCAACUGUGAGGAAAUUGUUAAGAAAGAACAUCCCAACAAGUAUAAUGGACGAGUAUGGCAGGACAGCUUUGCAUGCUGCAAGUUUAGGAGGACACUCGGAAGUGGUCAAACUUCUCUUAGAAGCUGGAGCAGAUGUGAAUCAAAAAGUGUACUCAAACACGACAGCUUUACAUGCAGCUGCUCGAAAUCACCACACAAAUACAGUCAAACACUUGGUGGUUGCGGGCGCCACUCUGGAUGCGGAGAACAGCAACAAGAUUCGGCCGAUUGAUCUGAGUCGUUACAACACAGACACAUGGGAAGUCCUCAACGAUGCCAAGAAAGGAGAUCUGCCAGAGAUUGAAGAAGAGUCAGAGGUCCCGGAAAUCCCAGACUACGCACUGCCGGACGGAGCCACGUCUAAGAAAAAGAAGUCAGGAAAGGGAAAAAAGGGGAAAGGGAAGGGAAAGGGGAAGAAGAAGGGAAAGAAGGGAGGGAAAAAAGGUGGGAAGAAGAAAGGGAAAAAGAAGAAGAAAUAAAGUGUCUUGUGAAUGAGCGUUCUAUGGG